UCGCUAUGCUGGUAUUUGGCUUUCGAGUCUCUAGCGGUGCAGUAGCAGCAACAGCAAGCAGCAGUAGCAGCGAACAAAACAGAAAAGCAACAAACGGCGUUCAGGCGAAAAACACGAACUUACCGAAACGAAAUCGCUGUGAAAAGAAAAUACAUAAAAGAGACCAGACCAAGCAAGAAAAAUUUACAGACACUCGGGCGCACAUGCAUAGAGUUUUGUUUUUGAAAAUUGCUGUUUUGUAUGCUGAUUGAAACACACGAAUUUGUGCUUCUAUUUGCGCUAUAUCAUAUUUAUUUAAAUACAAACAGCAUUUCCAUUAACUCUAGUGCAAAGCACUUGUGCUCUAUUUAUUUAUAAAACAUAUUUUAUUAUUUUUUUUUGUUGUGUUGCUUUGCGAAAAAAAGACAAAACAAAAGCAAAGGAARCUUGAAUUGGAGCAUCGGGCCAAAGGCAACGCAACGCAACGAUAAGCGGGCGUAUACAAAACAAACGAGGAACGCAUUAGACAGAGAAAGAAAUAGAAAAUAAGAAAAGCAGAAAAACUAAAGAAAACAGGGGAUUAGAGCUAAACGCGCGCGCACUGUUUGUUAGUGUGAAUAAGUGAAAGUUACGCGCGCGUGUGCAACGACAUCGGCCACGCCCACGCCCAUCCACGGCACACCGCCCACAGACAAUGAACCGAUCAAACAGUUUUGUCAGCUCACUGAAAUGGUGGCCACUGCAGGGCCACAACAAUCAGGCAACGCCACCGAGCGCCGGAACAGCAUCGAAUGGCAGCAGCAGCGCCGGCUAUUCUCAAUCGGCGCCCAGCUCUCCCACAUCGAAUUGGCCGCCGUCGCUGCUGCAGAACCAUCACCACCACAAGCUUAGCGUCGGCGCCAAUGUGAACGCAACAUUUGGCAGCAGCGUCGCCGUACAAAAGCUGCGCGAAUCCAAAUGGUUCAAGCCCGAAGAGCAUCGGAUUUUCUGCGCCGUAGUCGAAUGUGGUUUCAUUGUGGAGGUGCGCAGCAGUGCUGCUGCCAAAGCCGCUGCCGAUGCAGCCGCCGCUGCCGCAGCUGCGGCCGCAGCCAGCGAUGCCGAUUCCCUGGACAUCGAUUGUCCGGUGCUCACACUGGCGCCGCCAUUGAUAAUACCACGUAACGGCAGCAGCAGCAUAAGCUUUCUUGAAACACAGGAUGAAAACGAGACGCCGGUAGCGUCAUGGUACGGCAUCGUACUGUGCAAGGUGGCCAAAGACAAUAAACCAAAACCGGAAACUAUUGAGAUCUAUUCUGUAAAGAUACGAGAAAACGGAACCUACAAGCUAAUCAAAAUGUCAUUGGCCGACAUCUGGAGCCACGGCUGGGAAUUGCGCAUCAAUAACUUCGCUGACAAGGAGAAAGCGCCGCACAACGAAAAGGACAUACGCAAUCAGGUGUCGCUGGCACGCAAGGCCAAGCAGAGUCUGUGGAAUAAUAAUAAGCAUUUUGUGUACUGGUGCCGUUACGGCAGUCGCCAGCAGGAUGUGCGCAAGCGACAGAUGUCCGAGUGCGUGAAAUGGGGCAGCGUUGGCAUGAAUGCGGGCAUGUUGCUGGUGCUCAAUAAUAGGCAAAAGUGCCACUCCCACUCAAAGUAACUAACACACACACACACACACACACUCUCCUAUAAAGCAUAUGAACACAAAUACACAUAUAUAUUAUAUAUAUACACUGGCAUAUAUACAUACAUACACAUACGUACGUACAUACAUAGAUUGCUUGAAAUUCUUCUUCUGGCUUUGUCACAGAGCGAAACAAAAGAAAACCAAACAAAACCCAAAGCAAAUUGUGAUAAGAUAAAUCAUAUUUUAGCGCCAAACAAAUGCAAAUAUAUGUAUAUUUUUAACAUAUGUUUACUAUAUAUACGUAUGUAAACGAUAUGCAGAAGAAACAACAACCAGAACACAGCGAAUGUUAGAGAGCAGGCUCUGAAUUUGUUACUUUAUUUAAUUGGCAGUAUUAGAAUAAAAU